AAAACAAAAACAGAAAAAACAGAGCCAACACUUUCACUCAGACUCACAGAAAGAAGAAACAACAGAAAACUCAGACAUGGAGAGAACAACGCCAGUGAGGAAACCCCACGUGUCAACUUCCGAUCUGCUGACCUGGUCCGAAGUUCCUCCGUCGGAAUCCGCCGCACCCGUCUCCGCUACUCGCUCUCACCAACCGUCCGAUGGCAUCAGCAAAGUGUUGUUCGGAGGUCAAGUCACCGAUGAAGAGUCUCAGUCACUGAACAAGAAGAAGCCUUGUUCAGGUUAUAAAUUGAAGGAAAUUAAUGGCAGCGGCAUAUUUGCAGGCAAUGGUGAAAACAGUGCAUCAGAAUCUGAUUCUGCUAAUCAUAAUAAAACAGGAGUGCGCGUUUAUCAGCAAGCAUUGAAUGGAAUCAGCCAGAUCUCAUUCAGUGUUGAAGAGACAGUUUCCCCAAAGAAGCCUACCUCUAUUCCUGAGGUAGCAAAGCAGCGUGAGUUAAGUGGCACAUUGCAAUCCGAGGCAGACUUAAAGAAUAAAAAGCAGAUAUCAAAUGCAAAGUUCAAAGAGAUUAGUGGCCAUGAUAUAUUCAGCCCUGCUCCUGAAAUUCAGCCCCGAUCGCUAGCUGCUGCACGCUCCAUGGAAUCCAAAGAAAGUAAAGACAUGGGGGAACCUGCACCUAGGAAUGUGCGCACUUCCGUGAAAGUUUCCAAUCCUGCUGGAGGUCAGAGUAAUAUCCUGUUCAGUGAAGAACCUGUAGUAAAGACCGCCAAGAAAAUACAUAACCAGAAGUUCCAAGAAUUGACCGGCAAUGAUAUCUUUAAGGGAGAUGUACCUCCAGGAUCAGCUGAAAAGCCUCUAAGCACAGCUAAGUUGAGAGAAAUGAGCGGCAAUAACAUUUUUUCUGAUGGAAAGGCAGAAUCCAGAGACUACUUUGGUGGUGUCCGCAAGCCUCCCGGUGGCGAGAGCAGCAUUUCCUUGGUUUGACUUGCAACCAUCUUUGUUGUUGCAUCGCUUAGUUAUCAGUAAAUGUCCUGUUUCUACGUAUCCCAGUGUCGACGCUAUGUUUUCACCAGUGAAUGACCUGCAAUGCUUGAUGAUGAUCCUUGGUAUAGGGCAUCUAUCUGAGUCUGUGGAUUGUGGCUUAUGCAAUUCGUUUAGUUGUUAACUUUUAGAUCAGAACCAGUGGGUGGUUGUCUAAUUUAGAUAUUUAAACUUUGCUGUCUUUCUGGGUACUGUUUAAUAUGUUGUUUCAGUUU